AUGACCCACACAGGACGCAUCCGAGUCCAAGGCUGCGAUUUCAAAGAUAAUGAGAAGGAAAAUGUCUUUAUCCUCUUCCUACCACUGUACUUACGCUCACCCAUAUCACUCACAGCAAACAACAGGUACUUGGUUAUGAUGGGAAACUAUCAAGCUUUUGCGCUUGAUUGGGCUAACCGAUCCUCGCUGGAGUACGGUGUACGGCAAGGGGAUCCGCUGAAACCAGAUGUGACGAUUCGAAAGUACAUUUUUGAGGCGGCUUAUGCUGAGACCAAGUCGUCUAAGGACAAGCGAAGCCUACAUUUAUUUCUCGAAGACCAAUGGAGCCUAAUGAGGUUUGCCAAGGAUACGAUUGACGAGAACCUACGUAAUGAACGGGUUGUGAUGGAGAUCCCUUGUCUGCAAGUGUUUGGUCAUGAUUUGAGUGGUCGUGGACAUGUUCAGCCCGUUGGCAUUGCCAAAGACCCCAGGAAGGCAUAA